GCGCAGUGACCACCCACAGGGUCGUCGCCAAGAUGUCGAACACCUCUUGUACCCUCCGCACGCGCAAGUUCAUGACUAACCGUCUGCUUAGCCGUCGCCAGUUCAUCCUCGAUGUUCUCCACCCCGGCCGCGCCAACGUGCCCAAGGCUGAGCUCCGCGAGAAGCUCGCCAAGAUGUACGAUGUCUCGGACAACGCGUGCGUCAGCCUCUUUGGCUUCCGCACUCAGUUUGGUGGUGGCAAGUCCACUGGGUUCGGUCUGAUCUAUGACAACAUUGACGCCAUGAAGAAGUUCGAGCCCAAGCACCGCGUGAUCCGUGCGGGCCUUAAGGAGAAGGUGACCCAGUCCCGCAAGCAGAUCAAGGAGAAGAAGAACCGUGUCAAGAAGCUUCGCGGUUCCGCGAAGAACAAGGUUAUGUAAGCGGGUGUGUUGGGUGCUACUGGCGCCGAGACUGGCGCGCUGGUUGCAAAUCGGGUUGCGAGUACUGGCUUUGCGCCAUCAACUUAGCUGAAUGGAAUAAGCGAGUGCAGUGACCUAUUAUUCU